ACACUGUUAGAGAUAAGAUAAACGACGUUGUAUGGGUCGUAAGUGAAUAACUUAGAUCUACGAUUACUGAGCCCAGUGGACUUGAGAGCCCAGAGCCUGUUUCUGUUUUUGAAGGAAUUUUCUAUUAAUCGGCUCGUUUCUGCUCUGUUUGGCGGAUGGGAGAAACGAACAGCAUAUGAGCGGAGAGCCAACGAGGAAAAUCACACAGUCGUGGUGUUUGUAGAUGAGUAAACAGUGUGAAAGAUAUGGAUACAAGACAUACAAGUUGAUGUAAUAAUUGGAAAAAAGGGAGAAGAAACAGAUAGCAAGAAUAAUGAAGAGGAUAAUGCCAAACCGAGUUGUGGUGUGGUGGAAGGGAAUACAGGCAAGAAUGGCAUCACCAUCAACAUCAAAGGCACUCAACACAUUUGCUGGUGACCAUAGUUACCAAAUUAUAAAGUCUCCUUCUCUUGUCUCUCUAGACCUUCUUGCUAAUGAUUGGCUUUCCAAUUCCACCCAUUGGGACCCUCCUCCAUCCAUUGGAAUUCCUUCCAAUAAACAGACUGCUGCAAUUAUUAAUGGUAAGUCAAUUGCUGAGGAAAUUAGGUCAGGAAUCGCUAGUGAAGUAUGCAGGAUGAAAGAGUCCAUUGGAAAAGUUCCUGGCUUAGCUGUAAUUUUGGUGGGUCAAAGAAGAGACUCUGAAACUUAUGUCCGCAACAAAGUAAUAGCAUGUGAAGAAGUUGGAAUUAAGUCUCUGAUGACCAAACUACCUGACAACUGUACAGAAGAUGAAGUUCUAAAUGCUGUUUCGAGUUUAAAUGAUAAUCCAUCUGUUCAUGGCAUUCUUGUGCAGCUUCCUUUACCACAACAUUUGGAUGAAGGAAAGAUUUUGAGUGUGCUGAGCCUAGAAAAAGAUGUGGAUGGCUUCCAUCCACUCAAUAUGGGGAAUCUGGCUAGGAUGGGGAGGGAGCCAUUAUUCACCCCCUGCACUCCAAAGGGUUGCAUUGAAUUACUACUUAGGUCAGGAGUCAAAAUCAUGGGGAAGAAAGCUGUAGUGAUUGGAAGAAGCAACAUUGCUGGAUUGCCAGCAUCCUUGCUAUUGCAGAGGCACCAUGCAACGGUCAGUGUUGUGCACGCACUUACUGAGAACCCAGAACAGAUCACCCGUGAAGCUGACAUCGUGGUCACAGCUGUGGGAGUGCCCAAUCUAGUCCGAGGCAAUUGGCUGAAGCCUGGUUCAGUUGUUAUUGAUGUGGGGACGUCUCCUGUUGAGGAUCCUAGGUCUGAGCACGGAUACCGCCUGAUGGGAGACGUUUGCUUUGAAGAGGCAGUGAGGGUGGUGUCAGCCAUUACUCCUGUGCCUGGAGGUGUUGGACCCAUGACAAUUGCAAUGCUCCUCUCCAACACCCUGGACUCUGCAAAGUGGGCUUACCGUUUUACCUGAUCUCCCUCUGUACAUCAUAUGGUGUACAUUUAACUUUCAAUGUGACGAUGCAACCUUUGAAUGACAACACUGGGGCAUAUGCAACAAAAAUGAAGGCUCCUUUUGGCUUCGACAAUAUGAUUUCUAAGCACCAAAGCAUGAAGACGCAAGAUCAAAUGCCAAUUUACUACAGAGGAAUGCUCGUGAACAAAAAGUAUCUGCCAGUUUUUGGAUUCAGAGACUUAGAUUUGAAGUUUGGAUUUUAAAAUUUCUAGGGGAAAUCCAUUAACUUUCUUCACUUUUUAAAAUACGAUAGUUUUUUAAAGUUAUCAAAAUAUCCUUGAGAUUUGAUUUUAAUGACAAAAUGAGCUUUCUAUUAA